GACCCUGGGGCUGAGGCGGGGCCAUGUCGACGCUGGCCCCCCUGCGCCUGCUGCGCGAGCCCUGGAACGCCAGCAAGGGCAACCAGAGCAACGCCACGGCCGGGGCCGGCAGCGCCUGGUGCCAGGGGCUCAACAUCCCCAACGAGCUCUUCCUCGCGCUGGGGCUGGUGAGCCUGGUGGAGAACCUGCUGGUGGUGGCCGCCGUCCUGAGGAACAGGAACCUGCACUUGCCCAUGUACUACUUCAUCUGCUGCCUGGCCGUCUCCGACAUGCUGGUGAGCAUCAGCAACCUGGCGGAGACGGUCUUCGUGCUGCUGAUGGAGCGUGGCGUGCUGGUGAUCCGCGCCAGCGUCGUCCACCACAUGGACAACGUCAUCGACAUGCUCAUCUGCAGCUCCGUCCUGUCCUCCCUCUCCUUCCUGGGGGUCAUCGCCGUGGACCGCUACAUCACCAUCUUCUACGCCCUGCGCUACCACAGCAUCAUGACGCUGCAACGGGCCAUGGUGACCAUGGCCACCGUCUGGCUGGCCAGCACCGUCUCCAGCACCGUCUUCAUCACCUACUGCCGCAACAACGCCAUCCUCCUCUGCCUCAUCAGCUUCUUCCUCUUCGUGCUGGUCCUCAUGCUGGUGCUCUACAUCCACAUGUUCGCCCUGGCCCGCCACCACCUCCGCAGCAUCUCCAGCCAGCAGAAGCAGCCCACCCUCCACUGCAGCAGCAGCCUGAAGGGAGCCGUCACCCUCACCAUCCUCCUGGGCGUCUUCUUCGUCUGCUGGGGGCCCUUCUUCUUCCACCUCAUCCUCAUCGUCACCUGCCCCACCAACCCCUUCUGCACCUGCUUCUUCAGCUACUUCAACCUCUUCCUCGUCCUCAUCAUCUGCAACUCGGUGGUUGACCCCUUCAUCUACGCCUUCCAGAGCCAGGAGCUCCGGCGGACGCUGCGGGAGGUGGUGCUGUGCUCCUGGCAGGCGGCGGGACCUCACAAGUACGUGCCUCGCGCCAUCCUGGUGGACCUGGAGCCGGGGACGAUGGACAGCGUGCGCUCGGGCGCCUUCGGCCACCUCUUCCGCCCCGACAACUUCAUCUUCGGGCAGAGUGGGGCCGGCAACAACUGGGCCAAGGGCCACUACACGGAGGGGGCCGAGCUGGUGGACUCGGUGCUGGACGUGGUGCGGAAGGAGUGUGAGAACUGCGACUGCCUGCAGGGUUUCCAGCUGACCCACUCGCUGGGCGGCGGCACCGGCUCCGGCAUGGGCACCCUCCUCAUCAGCAAGGUGCGGGAGGAGUACCCCGACCGCAUCAUGAACACUUUCAGCGUGGUGCCGUCCCCCAAGGUGUCGGACACGGUGGUGGAGCCCUACAACGCCACCCUCUCCAUCCACCAGCUGGUGGAGAACACGGAUGAGACCUACUGCAUCGAUAACGAAGCUCUCUACGACAUCUGCUUCCGCACCCUCAAGCUGGCCACCCCCACCUACGGCGACCUCAACCACCUCGUCUCGGCCACCAUGAGUGGCGUCACCACCUCCCUCCGCUUCCCCGGCCAACUCAACGCCGACCUCCGCAAGUUGGCCGUCAACAUGGUGCCCUUCCCGCGUCUCCACUUCUUCAUGCCGGGCUUCGCCCCGCUGACGGCCCGCGGCAGCCAGCAGUACCGCGCCCUCACCGUCCCCGAGCUCACCCAGCAGAUGUUCGACGCCAAGAACAUGAUGGCCGCCUGCGACCCCCGCCACGGCCGCUACCUCACUGUGGCCACCGUCUUCCGAGGCCGCAUGUCCAUGAAGGAGGUGGACGAGCAGAUGUUGGCCAUCCAGAGCAAGAACAGCUCCUACUUCGUGGAGUGGAUCCCCAACAACGUCAAGGUGGCCGUCUGCGACAUCCCUCCCCGGGGGCUGAAGAUGUCCUCCACCUUCAUCGGCAACAGCACGGCCAUCCAGGAGCUCUUCAAGCGGAUCUCGGAGCAGUUCACGGCCAUGUUCCGCCGCAAGGCCUUCCUCCACUGGUACACGGGCGAGGGGAUGGACGAGAUGGAGUUCACCGAGGCCGAGAGCAACAUGAACGACCUGGUGUCCGAGUACCAGCAGUACCAGGACGCCACGGCCGAGGAGGAGGGCGAGAUGUACGAGGACGACGAGGAAGAGUCGGAGGCGCAGGGCGCCAAGUGA